GAACCGGGGGGGGAGCCGCAUCGCCGCGGCCGCCCAGGAUGUGGUGGGACGAGCGGGUGUCGGCGCGGUUCCGGAGGAACCUGCAGCCCACCCUGACCUACUGGAGCGUCUUCUUCAGCUUCGGCCUCUGCAUCGCUUUCCUGGGGCCCACGCUGCUGGACCUGCGCUGCCAGACCCAGAGCUCCCUUUCCCAGAUCACCUGUGUCUUCUUCUCCCAGCAGUUCUGCCUCCUGCUCGGCAGCUGCCUCGGAGGGGUCUUCAAGAGGACGUUGGCUCAGUCCUUGUUUGCCCUCUUUGCCUCAUCACUGGCAAUCUCCUUGGUCUUUGCCAUCAUCCCUCUGUGCCACAAUGUGGUGGUCCUGGCUGUGGUCAUGGCUGUGGCAGGACUGGCCAUGGGUUGCAUCGACACCAUCUCCAACAUGCAGCUGGUGAAGAUCUACCAGAAGGACUCGGCCAUCUUCCUGCAGGCCCUUCAUUUCUUCGUGGGCUUUGGAGCGCUGCUAAGCCCCCUGAUAGCUGACCCCUUCCUCUCGGACACCAACUGCAUCCUCUCAAACUCCACAGCCAACGCCUCCAGCAACCUCCCUCACAUCCGCAAGUCCCUGGUCCCGCACCAUCCGGGCAACCUGUCUCAUUACGACCUACCGAUGAAAGGCAUGGUGGUCACACGUGUUUCCUACGCCUUCUGGAUCAUGGCCCUCAUCAACCUGGCGAUGGAGACGCGGCCCGCGGAGAAGGACGAUCUCUCCACCACAGUGCAGAGACCCCACGCAGCAGGAGGUCAUGAUGACUUAUUUAGCUGCUGCCAAAGCAAAAACUUCAGAGGGGCUUCUUACACCUACUUCGCAGUCCACAUCACUGGGGCUCUUGUUCUCUUCAUGACUGAUGGGAUUGUGGGAGAGUACUCGGGCUUCAUUUACAGCUACGCAGUGGAAGAGCCCCUCUCCGUGGUCCAUAAAGUGGCCGGCUACUUGCCCAGCCUCUUCUGGGGCUUCAUCACGUUGGGCAGGCUCAUCUCCAUCCCGGUGUCCUACCGCAUGAAGCCAGCAACUAUGGUCUUCAUCAAUGUGGUUGGAGUCCUGAUGAGCUUCCUCCUGCUCCUGAUUUUCUCCCGCAGCGUUGUUUUCCUGUUUGUGGGGACAGCAUCUCUGGGCCUGUUCCUCAGCAGCACGUUCCCCAGCAUGCUGGCCUACACCGAGGACAUCCUGCAGUACAAAGGCUGUGCCACAACCGUGUUAGUGACCGGAGCUGGAAUUGGAGAGAUGGUGCUCCAGUUACUGGUGGGAUCGAUUAUACAUGAUCAGGGCAGCUACAGUUUCCUGGUCUGUGGGAUGAUCUUUGGAGGCUUGGCCUUUACCUUCUACGCUUUCCUCUUGUUUUUCCACAGGAUGUACCCCAAGCCCUCAUCAGAUGUGGAUGAUGCUUCACCUGCCAAACCAGCAGUGACAGAUGACACCGGGCAGUAUCAGCGCUAAAGAAGUGGCCAAGCUCUAGACAAGCAAUAAACCGACACACAAUUAAGAAUUACUAUUGAGGAUGAUUUCACAUUUAAUGACUGAAUCAUGCAAGUUUUCUGCAAUCAAAAGCACAUUAGAUUGGGUAAGUCAGAAUCAAGAAAACAUCCUAAAACACUGCAUUGAGCUAAGCACAAGUUGCCCGUGUCAUGAAAAAAAAAGAUGACUAUAAGCAUCAGGCAGACCCGGUGCCUGAAAGGCUACAGGCUGUGGCAGGGAUGAUGGGAGAACAGUUACUCCUGCAGAUGAACUUCCUUAUCGAUUCAGGACGGAGAGGGGGCAGGAAGAGGUUCUCUCUCCUCUGUAUGUAAGACUGAACAGCUCCUGGCCUAAUCCUUGAAUUUAACAGAUUAUUUUUUUUUUUUUCCUCUCGGCCUCUUAACGUGCAGAGCCCCUACAAUUUACAGCACAAUACCGGAUUCGGCUUCUUUUUUGUGCAACACCUAACUCGAGUCUGUCACCUCCACACACAAUUCCGAAGGGGAAAAAAUGAGGCGAUGGGUAGAACCCACCAGGGCGCAGCGGUAGCAGGACCUCUCUCUCUCUUUGCACAGUUGAUUCCUGUACAAUACACAGCAUCAGCUAUGUUCUCUAAGACAGUGUCUUAUUCAGCAUGCUAGGGUCUCUUGAUUAUUAAAAUCAUUAGCUUUUUUUUUUUUUGAGUCAAGAAUGAGUUGCGAUGGUUUGUUUUUGCUUUGAGUCACUAGUUUUAGCUGCUACGGUUGCAGUGUCUCUUAGGGUGGUUUUAUUUCUAGCUUCCAGUUGAAGCUUAAACAGAGGUAUUUGGGAGCCAGCCUCCAGCUGCUUAACCUGUGCAAUACUUAUUAUACCAGGUGCCUUCCGUAAGGUACUCUCAUUCCCCACGCAUGACCUGUUACAAGCUAUGAAGAAAGGACUGGCUUUAGAAGAGUGUAAAGCUACGUACAUCUAUUUCUUCAGUGAGUGAUUGGACAUGUACUUUUUGCUUUAACUGCUGUAUGUGGAUGUACAUAUGUACGUGUGUAUAUAAAGCAGUGUUUAAUUAAAGGUGAUUGAUUGCUAGA